UAAAAUUUCCAAGAUCAUCGAAAAAUAUUAUUAGUCAAACAUAAUUUUUCGCUUUUUUUUUUGUUUGAAAACGAACGGAUCAAUCUUAAUAAAUGAACUGAAUGAGUUUGAAUUUAUAAAUUUCAAGAGCUCAUGAGUUUUGAUGAGGAUCGAAAAAAAUCAUUCUGAAUAUCCCACUUGUUUGCGUUGUGAAUUGUUAUAAAUAAAAUGAUUUGCAAUUUAAUUGUUCAGUCUUUAUCUAUAGCAAGUGUGAUUAUCUGAACAAUUUAAAUAAGUUUCUUAAACGAUGGUGAUUCAAAGAACAAAUAAAUGUCACAUACCAUAUCCUUCAGGUCCAUAUGCUACUGGAUGCGUAGAUUUCAUGACUGAAUACAGUUCUGAAGGUUGCUUUUUUAGAUUAUUUUAUCCAACAGAUGUGCCAGUUGAAAAUUUAAAAGAAUACUCAGACAAAUGGAUACCUUGGUUACCACAUUCAAUGUAUUUAAAAGGUUUUGCGAAAGCUAAUCGAAUACCUCUUUUUAUAUAUAAGCAUGGCCCAAAAUUUAUCAGAAAAAAACCAUAUUACAUACCAACAAUUACUAAUGCGCCGCUUUCACAAACACAAAAGUCUUAUCCAUUGUUUAUAUUUUCUCACGGAUAUGCAGCAACUAGAUUUAUGUGCUCAGAAUACUGCAAUUCGAUAGCUUCACAUGGUUUUAUAGUGGCUGCACUGGAACAUAGGGAUAGGUCUGCAGCUGCAACAUACUACUAUGAUUCACCGGAGAGUGUGUUUAACAAUACCCCUACAUGGAUAAGACAUGAACCAUUAUUUAAAAGAUAUAGUGUACAUCGUCAUAUAAUAAGAAAUAUUCAAGUAAAAAUUAGAUUAAAAGAGAUAUCUAAAAUUUUAGACAUCUUAUUCAAAAUUCAUAAUGGAAUAAAAGUUGAGAAUAUAAUGAAUUCAUCAUUCGACUUAGAUCAAUUCAAAGGAAAAUUAGAUUGUGAAAACGUGAUAGCGUCCGGAUUUUCUUUUGGUGGAAUGACUUCCAUAUACGCUGGAGCUCACGACAACCGUGUUAAAGCUAUCAUUAUUGUCGAUGGAUGGAUGUCUCCUUUGAAACUUGUCCCAUUAAUGGAUAUUAAACAACCAAUACUAUUUAUAAAUUCUCAAACUUUCCACUGGCCAUCAAACAUCAUCAUGAUAAACAAAUAUUGUAAUUCUGGAGGAAUUCGGCAAUUGUAUACUUUAAAAAACACAACACAUGAAAGUCAUACAGAUACAGCAUCUAUUUGGUCUUAUUGGCUAGAUCCAUUUGUUUGGAGAAAAAUUAACUUCAUUUCUUUCAAAUGGACAAAAAUGAACCCAAAAAUGGUACUAAGAAUACAAAGCAGUUUGACAAUAAAAUUUUUAAAUGAAAAUCAUGGAUACCCAGAAAAUUGUACCAAAGCAAAUAAAUACAUAGAAGACCACAAGGAUAGACAUAUUGUAGACUAUAUAAUUUGUCAUACGAAGUCCAACCAAAAAACAACAAUAACAUACAUUUAG